GUAACCUCUCCCGCCAUGGCGAGCUUCUUUACUACGUUCUUUCAGUGGCUCAGUAGCCUGUUCUUCUCCAAAAGCGCGGAAAUUGCAAUUGUCGGUCUCCAAGUAUGGCCUUGCGUCUCUAGCUUGGUCUGUCACUAAGGAGUGUUCAUUUGAGGCGUCUGGGAAGACCUCCUUCGUGAAUGUCAUCAGCUCGGGUCAAUGCGAGGAUGUGGUGCCCACGGUGGGAUUCAUCUUCCGCAAGGUUCGUGCACGCCCACGAUCUGUUUGCGUUAUAACACGACGCUCGCCGGGCAGAUACGCAAAGGGAACGUUACAUUCAAGAUCUGGGACGUCGCUGGUACGUUGCCAUUCCCCUCCGACGACAGAUCCACUCAUGUGCUGUGCUGGGCAACCCAAAUUCCGUUCGAUGUGGGAGCGCUACUGCCACGGCGUUGACGCAAUAGUAUUCGUCGUUGACUCCGCCGAUCCCGAAAAAUUUAACACCGCUCGUUUCGAACUCCAUCAACUCCUUGGUCAACCGACGCUGAAUGCUGUCCCUCUCCUCGUGGUCUGCUCCAUUCCGCUCGACACGUGGCCGUGUUUAAAUCGGAUAUUAGCUCGGCAACAAAAACGACUUGGGCAACCACGUUCCCGUCAAAGAUCUCAUCAAGGAUCUGCAACUCGACAAGAUCACCGACAGACCUGUAUCAUGCUAUUCAGUAAUGUUACAAAGAGGACCACAUAUUGUUGCUGACAAGGAUAUUCAGUGUUCAAUGAAGAGCCAACAUAAUCUUGACAUUGUCUUGCAAUGGUUGGCUGCCCGAAGUCAUUGAGUUGCAACAGGAACCAGUGUACUUCAUCCUUGUAAUUUAACACUAAUGGAUAAUUCAAUACUUGAAUAAUCAAUAAA